AUGUGUCAUAAGGAGCCAUCAGCUGUUGUUCAUUUUGAGACUAUGCCUGCAUAUCAAGGCGAUGACUUGGUGGGUGAUAUUCGGGUACUGCAUCGUGUAUUCUGGAGUUAUUACCCUUGCAUUAGGGCAUUCAGACAUUGUAAACCAAUUGUCCAGGUGGAUGGUACUCACUUGUACGGAAAGUAUAAGGGUUGUCUGCUUGUGGCAGUUUCCCAGGAUGGAAACAACAAUAUCGUUCCGAUUGCAUUUGCUAUUGUUGAGGGAGAGACUUCUGAUGCAUGGCAUUUUUUCCUAAGUAACCUCCGUCAACAUGUUGUUACUCGGGAUGGAGUGGGUCUAAUAUCUGACAGGCACGAGUCCAUCAAUGCAGCUGUCGAACGAAGUAACGGAGCUUGGUCACCUCCUAGAGCUUUUCAUAUGUUUUGCAUCAGGCAUAUAGAGUCGAAUUUUCUCAGAAAAUUCAAGGCACCUUACCUACAAAAAUUGGUCGUUAACAUCGGAUAUUCGAGGACGGUGCGGGAGUACGAAGUGCAUUACCAGCGUUUAAGGGACCGCGGCGAGGCAUACACAAACUGGUUAGAUCGAAUUCCUCGCGAACAGUACGCACUGGCCUUUGAUGGCGGGUACCGAUGGGGUCACAUGACGACGAAUCUAGUGGAGUGCAUCAACUCAGUAUUGAAGGGUGCCCGCAAUCUUCCCAUUACUGCUCUUGUGAAGGCAACAUUCUACAGACUAAAUGAGUUGUCACCCGUUAGUUGCUUUGACCGCCAGAAUGAGGUCUUUGAGGUUCGUGAGAUGCCAAGUGGGCUAGAGUUUGCUGUUGAUCUACGUAGCCUUCGAUGUGACUGUGGUGAGUUCCAAGUGGACCGAAUCCCUUGUCGACAUGUAUUUGCAUGUUGUGCCAACCAGCGACUUGAUUGGCGACUUUAUGUUCAUGAUGUGUAUAAGAUGGAGCAAGUGCGGCGGGUGUACCGAGCACGGUUUAGGCCACUGGGUAAUCCCACUACAUGGCCUGCUUACAACGGACCUCGGUUCAUACCGAAUCCAUACAUGCGACGGGUGUCAAAAGGUCGGCCCAGGAUGACGCGUUUUCUGAAUGAGAUGGAUACGAGGAUGUUACGUCGUCCUAGGCGAUGUACUCUAUGUGGUGCUGAGGGACAUAGUCGAAGCAGAUGCCGUCGGUCUGUUGGUUCAAAUACCAACAGAGAAGCCCCCUAG